GUUGCUAAGCUUGUGAUUGGUCAAAAUGGAGUCCUCUCCACACCAGCUGUGUCGUGCAUCAUCAGGAAAAGAUCGGCGACUGGCGGAAUAAUCCUCACUGCCAGUCACAAUCCAGGAGGACCUAAAGGAGACUUUGGAAUCAAGUACAACAUAUCAAAUGGAGGCCCUGCACCUGAGAGCGUGACUAAUAGAAUAUUUGAGUGCACAAAAGCCAUUAGCGAGUACAAGACUUGUCCAGACUUGCUUGUGGAUAUAGGAAGCAUUGGAGUGCAAGAGUACCAAGUUGAUGGCAGAAAAUUCAUUGUUGAGAUUAUUGAUAGUGUUACUGAUUAUGUUGACUACAUGAAGGAAAUUUUUAACUUUGGUGAAUUGAAGGCGUAUUUGACCAAUCAGGAGAAGCCUUUUAAAGUGGUUGCGGAUGCAAUGCAUGGAGUGGUUGGCCCAUAUGCUACACGUAUCUUCUGCAGUGAACUUGGUCUUCCAUCUGAAAGCUGCAUCAACUGCGUACCAAAAGACGACUUCGGAGGUCACCACCCUGAUCCUAACUUGACCUACGCUGCUGACCUUGUGGCGUUAAUGAAAAAGGGUAUCCAUGCGUUUGGAGCUGCUUUUGAUGGAGAUGGUGACAGAAACAUGAUUUUGGGACAGAACGGUUUCUUUGUUAACCCCAGUGAUUCAAUUGCGGUGAUAGCAGCGAAUGCCAAAUGCAUUCCGUACUUCCAAAAGACUGGCGUGAAAGGCUUAGCAAGGAGUAUGCCCACAUCCGGUGCACUGGACAGGGUUGCUAAAGGGGAUGGUCUGCAGUUGUUUGAGGUUCCUACUGGUUGGAAGUUUUUUGGUAACUUGAUGGAUGCGGACAAACUGUCGUUAUGUGGUGAGGAGAGCUUCGGGACUGGCAGCGACCACAUACGGGAGAAGGAUGGAUUGUGGGCUGUGUUGGCGUGGUUGUCAAUCUUGGCAUCAAGAAAGCAAACAAUCAAGGAGAUUAUGAAAGCUCACUGGACAAAAUAUGGAAGAAAUUUCUUCACAAGAUACGAUUAUGAAAAUGUUGAUUCUGAAGCCGCACAAAAAAUGAUGACUAACCUAAGACAGCUGGUGCAAGAGGCUAGUUUUGUUGGGAAAUGUUACACAGAGGGCAACAAAUCAUAUACGGUUAAACUUGGAGACGAUUUUGAGUAUGAAGAUCCAAUUGAUAAAAGCAUUUCAAAGAAACAGGGUUUAAGAAUUAUCUUUGAGGAUGGUUCUCGAGUAAUCUUUCGGUUAAGUGGAACCGGUAGCAGCGGUGCCACUAUUCGACUAUACGUUGACAGCUUUGAGGCUAACCAAGACCGCCAUAACAUGAUGGCAGCAGACAUCCUGAAACCCUUGGUGACUAUAGCACUUAAGAUUUCACAACUACAAGAGCUCACUGGCCGGCAAGCCCCAACAGUCAUCACAUAAAAAUGUCAAGUGCGCCCUCCAAUUCAAAAUCCCCCUCUAUAUAAGUCGAGACCACUUUUUCCAAAGAACUUAAUAUCAAUCUUUAAUCUACUAACACAAAGCUAACCCUCUAAGUGGACUGAACCCCCCAAGACCACACCAAAUUUUCAGCUCCUAAAGGCCAUGGUCUCGAUUGGAGGACAAACAUGUAUUCCAAUUUCGCAGUGUGGGUGCUAGAUUUUUUUUCUCAACAAGUUCGGUAUACUAGAUAUUUUCAUCAAGUUAUGUGUGCUAAACACAUUUCAAAAAGCGUGCUUUUUACUCUAAAAUAUCUGAAUCGAUUUUUAGGUAUUAUUUCAGAUAGGUGCACUUGUAAAGUUCCUACAACACUAUCAAAUUUUAUGUGACAAAUAUGUGUGAUGUGCCCAUAUAUGGACAUGGUGUUGUCAUAUUACACCCAAAUAUAGGCAUAUCACAUUGUUUUUGUCACAUGAAAUUUGAGAGUGUAGACAGAUUUGAACAAGUGGACUAGUAACUCGAUCAAUGACUUCUCUCGCACCUAAGGGUCCCUUCGUGUAUGUGCUACUCGGUAUAACCCUGUACCAGCAACUCUCAUCAUCCACCACAAGUGCUGUCUGUACCAGCACACAAGCCAUUGUGUACACUGGGCCUACGGUUUAUAGUCCUUAAUUAUCCGAGAAGAUUUGUUCUGCCACCAGCGUUAUAGGCGAGUGUACCAUUCCAACCAGCACCAAUAUUUUGGCUGCAGGUUGCAGUGCCCCUGCCUUAACCGCUCAGCCAUUUGACUCGCCAUCUGAUAUGUAAGCUCAGUUCAAUUUUCAUUAAUAAUAAAAGCGUGUGCUUCUACUAAUAAAAAUGUUAGCAUCGUUCAACAGGAACAUACAAGGUAGUUCUAACUCAUUUUAAGUUAUACUGCAAUUUUGUAUAAAUGUAUAGAUUAUUAUAUUAUUGUAAAUGCACAGAUUAAUCAUAUCAAAGUGUGGAACAAUAUGUGGGAAUAUUUUGUUUAAUAAUUUUAGAUCUUUAAAUAAUAUACAAUAGUUUAUAAACAAUUUAUGAAGAUUAUCUGUUGAAAGGUACGGUUUGUUUUUAUUAAUACAAGAUUCCAUGGUUUAUUAUUUCACUGUACAGUACUUUGAAAGGUAUAAUAAACAUAAAUUCCAAUAAA